UGGACAGAGUAGCGGCGGGGUACAGAGCACAAGCCCUGAAAGAGAGAGAAAAAGAAAGAAAGCGAGAAAAGAAAGAAAAAAGGAAGGUGUUUACAGGGAACUACAGUUUUAUUCCCACCGAAAACGUGAAACAAACGAGAAGAGAAGGCCCGCAGGUAGCCCGGGAUAUGCGCUGACGGGCUGUGUGACUGGGGCGCCCCAUCGCCGGAACUUACUGUGAUUAUCUGUUGUUGUUCUGAUGUGCGCUCCUGCUAUGAUUCUCGGCGACUUCCUGAAGCGUCUAGUCAUUCCACCGGACUCCAGUGGUGAAGUUUGACUAAAGACUGAUUUCCAGGCAAGUUGAGAGAAGAAAACUUUCUGGGCCUCCGCUCCUCAUGACGAUACACACUUCUUGCUUCCAGGUUUUGUGAAGGACUAAAACAUCUUGACGACGAAUCAGGAUAACAAGAGUCCAGAAUCCCUUUUUUUGGCGUAUUACUUUUUUGUUUGUCACGCCGAGGACCGUCUGUAAAGAAGGCCUGUAACGGGACUGAGGGUGAAGACAGGACAAGACAGGUCGGUGCUUCUGAAGUUUCAGGUUUCCGGUGUUAUUAAAGGAGAACUUUGAGCAGGAGGAGCUGCCAGGUGGACAAGUUCACGCACACGGGUGCUUUACCCCACAACCCCCACCCCAGCCUUCACAUACACACCACCAGCAGCACCUUCACUCGAGACAGAAGCUGUUUUAAGGACUACUCAGACUCGGGCGGCCGGCUGUUUGCGUGCACAUGUGCUAAACUGCUCCCCCACCAAAACCCACCAUUGCCACCCUGAUCAGAGAAGGACUGCAGUCUCGGUGCCACACCGCCAGCACCAGCAGCAGCAGCACCACCACCCUCCCUCCCCCUUCGUUUCCACGCGCCAUCGCAUGGACUGCCGCUGACGUUGACAUGGCCGCGGACCUCGCCAUGAGCGCCGGCGAGCUGCCCAACAGCCCCCUGGCUAUCGAGUACGUGAACGACUUCGACCUCAUGAAGUUCGAGGUGAAGAAGGAGCCGCCCGAAUCCGAGCGCUACUGCCACCGCCUGCCGCCAGGCUCGCUGUCCUCCACGCCCAUCAGCACGCCGUGCUCCUCCGUGCCUUCGUCGCCCAGCUUCUGCGCCCCGAGCCCGGGCGCCCAGCCAGGCCACAACCUCGCCAACGGCGUCGCCAACAACAGCAACGGCGCCAACGGCGCGGUCAACGGUGCCAACGGCAGCGGCAACAACCAGGGCGCAUCUGGCAAGGCGGCACAGCUGGAGGACCUCUACUGGAUCCCCAACUACCAGCACCACGUGAGCCCGGAGGCCCUGAACCUGACACCGGAGGACGCCGUUGAGGCGCUCAUCGGUAACGCGCACCACCAUCACCACCACCACCACCACGCGCACCAGGCGUACGAGGGCGCGGGCUUCCGUGCGCAGCAGUACGUGGGCGAGGACCUCAGCACGGCCACGAGCCACCACCACGGCCACCACCACCACCAUCACCACCACGGGCACCACCACCACGCGCACGCGCGCCUCGAGGACCGCUUCUCGGACGAGCAGCUCGUCAGCAUGACGGUGCGCGAGCUGAACCGGCAGCUGCGCGGCUUCAGCAAAGAGGAGGUGAUCAGGCUCAAGCAGAAGCGGCGCACGCUGAAGAACCGCGGCUACGCGCAGUCGUGCCGCUUCAAGCGCGUGCAGCAGCGGCACAUGCUCGAGACGGAGAAGUGCACGCUGCAGAACCAGGUGGAGCAGCUCAAGCAGGACGUGGCGCGACUCACCAAGGAGCGAGACCUCUACAAGGAGAAGUACGAGAAGCUCGCGAGCCGGAGCUUCGGCGGCGGCGGCGGCGGCAACCGGGACCCGUCCAGCGGCAACCACGGCAAAGCUUCGUCUGCGGAGUUCUUCAUGUGAGAAUGCUCUGUGUCUUAGACUCUCUUUUUUAGUUCUUCUUCUUGCUCCACAACAACGGGUUCAUUGUCAUCGUCAUUAGUGUUCAUCUUUUUUAAGCUUUGGUUUCUGUCUCUCUCAGAGUGAACUUCUCUUCACAGUCCGCGCUGGUGUGUUCAGACACACGCAGACCUUUUAGCAGCGAAGUGCGCGCAGACUCUUAGACUCUUAGACUGUCAUAGACGCUUCAGAAGUCUUAACAUAGUUAACGUAGUGCGCUCCUAGAGAAGCUGUGAACUUCAACAAGGGAUCACUAUCAGUCACCUCCGGUCAGACCACCUGCAGUCAGACCUCUCCAAUCAAAGCGCAGUAUGUCGUUUAUCCCAUUAAACUUCAGCGCGAGUCUUUUUGUUUCUCCUCCAGGGUUAGUCUGGAGUUGCUUUUCAGUUUUAUUCUCAUUAGAUUGAGUUCAUACAUUCGCGUACGGCUUUUCUUCUUCUUCUUCUUCUUCCUUUUCUUCUUUUAAAUAAUAACAAAAGUCGUAUAAAGUCACUCACAGCCACCUCAUGUUAAGACUGAACUGUCAGUUUAACUCCUUUCAGUUUUACUGCUCUUAUAACGGACCGGCACGAGUCUUAAAGUCGCGGGGAAACUUAAUGGAACUCCAAUUUUAUUAAUAAUAUUAUUAUUAUUAUUGUAAUAAUUAUUAAGAUCAUUAUAAUUAUUGUUAUUUAUUUUCAUUCUGAUCAGACUUUAAUGAGAAAACACAAAACAACGAACGAAUGAACGAACGAAGAAGGGAAAAAGCAAUACGUGGUCGUCUUACUCCACCUCCUCUUUGGACAGUGUGUGUGUGUGUGUGUGUGUGUGUUGUGUGUGUGUGUGUGUGUAAGAGAGAGUGUGUGACACUCCAGAGCGUCUCGUGAACUUUAGCAUUGCGCCCUCGACCCUGCAUGCGGGACAUGUACGGUGCUUCAGCCCCCCCAUUACACACCUGGAUGAAAAGCAUGGCCCUUAAAUACCUCCCAGACGUUCGUCAUCCUCCUCCUGGUCCUCUCCCUCCUGCUGUGGUGAAAAAUAAAACGUGUGUAACCUCUUCAACUGCGACAGGACAAGUUCAGGACAGAACUGAGGCGAAUAUUUCAACGAAGGGUUUUUUUCAUGCAGGUUUGUUUGUUUUUCUAACUAAACCAACAAAACAAGGACACCCGAAACGAACUGAGCCAGAUUUGAUUUAUUUAUUCUCACAUGUAAAUAUGUAGAGAUGAGUUUAGUGUGUUCAUUUACAUGACUCUUUUUUUCAAAGUCCCCUCUCUCUCUCUCUCUCUCUCUCUCUCUCUCUCUCUCUCUAUCAUUUGUUUGCUUGUUUAUUUAAAACGUCUUAAUGCAAUGUUUGUAUGUAAAAGCAUGCAAAUGGUCAACGAUAUUCUCUUCCUAUCCAUAAAUGUACAAUAUAAAAGAGAAGCCUACUGCACUAUGGCGAGAAGAAUUGGGGGGAAAAUGAGCCCAAAUCGAUUUGUAUUGGAUGAAUGGUACACAAGCUACUUCAUCUAGGACAAGGACUUCAGUCGCUGCUAUAUUCUAUGCAUCUAAUUACUCAAAAGCAAUUAACGAGCUCAGAAUAUGUGAAUUUUUGUGCUUAAAACGAAUACCAAACGAGUAGAAGAUCUCCGCUUGGGGGAGAUUAAUGUUAGACGUUAAAAAGCGCCAGCAUCUCUAACAUUGUAGUGAUUUUCCAGCACAGCCAGGCUCGACACCACCUGAGACUUUCCGAGCUGAUAGAGAGCGCAGUGUCACAGCUGAGGGGAGAGAGGAGCAGCUGACUGAACAGGACUAAACUGUGCUCCGUGUUGGCGGAGCUCGCUGCGGUCUUCAGCGGUUGCCAAAUGUAUGAAUUAUGUUCAUUAAUUGCAUUACCGUGAGGCGAGGGCUGUGAGCGUAGCUGGAGCUUCAAUCACAGUUCUGAUCAUUUGACUGGCGUUCAGCUCGUUUUAAGGAGAAUGUGCAAUAGAAAUGACCCCAGUAUACUGACCUAAACAAAGUCUCAGUAGCUUAUGGAGAACACGAUGCUCCACCCCAGACCUCCAGCUGGCGUUUAAUGGCCCGUUUUGCCAAAUAAGGGUCGUUCAGGCUUUUCUUCAGUGGUCUCUCCCCACGCAGAGUUCUGCUUUAUUUGGGUUUUAGCGGGAAUGGUCAGUGGAGGCCAGCUGAACAGUUUCUCACUGAGCGCUCACGCGGUGGCUCUGUGCGUGAUUCGGUCACAUGUAAAGGAAGCUCCUGAGAGAGACGUGUGCUGGAUGUGUAAAAAUACUGUACAUACGAUUUCUAUAUAUUUAUUCGAGAAACAUUUAAUGUGCAUAACGUGUCGAUACGUCUAAACUGAAAUGUUUCUGACUGGAAUGUUGUUCAGACUCUUGUUUUCAUAAUGUUUAAUAAAAAGUUCUGGCAAACGAG